GACACAACAGCAUCCAGUCCUACUACCUAAGUAGAGUAGUAGAUGUUUUUAUCUGGGUUGAUCCAUUAAGCUGCCCUCGUUCGGAGUCCGACUGCGGGGUUGCUGACUCACCACGUGGAUCAAAGACGGCCAACAAUUCAAUGCUAUUGAACAAGACAUCCUCCUCAAUGCAUUCCCUACACUGCAGACAAUCAAGUGCCUGGGACUAUGGACCACCCUGAGCGCCCAAAGCGGACCUCCAAUGCUUGCAAACGAUGCCGAUCUCGCAAGGUGAAAUGCUCUGGCACACACCCUUGUGAAAAGUGUCGACAGCGUCGUCAGGAGUGUGUAUUUGAAGAUGAUCGUAAGAUUGUGGUCUCAGAGGAGCUAUUUCUAUCCUUAAAACGGAGAGUUGAGGCCAUCGAGAGCACUUCAACGCCGAGAAAACGCACUCGUACGUUGGACAAUAGCAGUGCAGGUGAAAGCACUUAUGCACAAGUAGUAGAGACGCCCCAAGGGUAUGCAGCCGACCAUCCAGAGGGAAACCGGUAUGAUGAGCGAUUUGCCUCAAAUCCUUUAGUAUCUCCGGGCUACGUUAAGCAUACGGGCCGUAAACAGAGAACAUGGUUGUUCCUUUCACCGACUUCAACCUGGUCUUUCAGCCGUCGGGUUCUCACCACCAUUCAGACUCGUUUGAGCCCUCAGAAUCCAACACCUCUCCCCCUUGCUGUAGACGGGGAUGCGUACCAGCUUCAGUGGCGACAGGCCAGCUCCGAUGAACUCCCCGAUAUCAGUGGACUGCCAUCAUUAGAGCAUGCGCAGUACAUCCUAAACACGGUUCAGUUCCAUUUUAGUCAUCUCUACUUAUUAUUUGAUGAGGAUGAGUUUCUUCAUCAUCUACAUGAAUUCUACGAUAAUGCAGCAGCUAAGGUUCAGGAGAGUCGUCUCUGGUAUGUCCAGUUCUUGAUUGUAUUAGCGUUCGGCGAGGCUCUUCUCGCCCCUGUGCGAAAGGCUUCCAAUACUGCGAGUUGGACCAAAUAUUUCUCUCGGGCGAUGUCCUUACUUCCCGACAUUACGGGAUUAUGGCAAGAUCCAGUUCUGGCUAUCGAGGUUCUUACUCUCAUCGGACUGUAUUUCCAUUCAAUCGACAUGAGAGAUACCGCGUAUUGCUACGUCGGCCACGCUAUGCGGAUGGCAUUGGUGGAAGGUCACCACCGUGCUCCACCAGUUGUACAACUAGGUCAGAAACUGGUUGAUCGGUGUCAAAACAUAUGGUGGACGGUGUAUAUACUAGACCGAAAGUUUUCAUCCUUGAUCGGAUCGCCGAAUGCUGUCAAUGAUGAAGAAAUAACUACCCCCCUCUGUGAUCCAAAAAAGGGUUCCCAAAAAGAGGCCGCAUUGAGUUUACAUGUGCGAAUCACACAGGUUAUCACCCGGGUGGUGGAUACUGUAUAUAGUCCAGAUGGCAAACUAGGCGGCAUCUUCCUUCGGAGGGUCCGAUCAGUUCUACAAGAAAUGACGGAUCUUUCGCGCGAGCUAGAUGAUGUUUUCGCGCAUCGUUUUUCAAACUCCGUGGAUGCCCUCUCCGGCGUCACGACACGGCUGACUUUAUCCUGCCACCAGUGCAUCAUUGUUACGACUCGGCCUCUAGUUCUGACUCUGCUCUGGGAGCGACUCAACUGUUUUGAGGAAGGCGACGUGUUUCGCACACUAUCAUCGCCAGUUCAGACUCUGCUUGAAGCGUCUACUGACUCCGCAAUAAAGUCUUUGAGAAUAUUGAUUGCAUUACGCGACCAAAACCUCCUCGAAACGUUCCUUCCCUUCGAUCUAGAAAACCUCUUCUCAUCCUUUUUCAUUCUGUCACUUGUAUCAGCUAUACUCCCCGAUAUCAUUCUAGACCCUAGCUACCGAGACAUGGGAUUCAGUCUUCUAGAUGAUAUGAUCGCUCGGGGAAACUGCGUUGCACAGCUGCGGAAGUCUGAAAUCGUGCAGUUAGAGGAAUUAGUCCAGCCGUUGCUCCAGCCUCAUCUGGAGCCACUCACUCCCGGAGGCAGCGCAAAACAUGCGACCGCGUAUCGCGUGACAGACCAGGCUAACGAACCUGUAGCUGUGCUGAAUGCGGGAAUCAGCCCAGCUAUCUCGGCCCGAAACGCCGUGCAUGAUGAUGAGAUACACUUAGACUGGAGGGAUUGUGAACUGUCCUUGGAUCAUAUGCUCUCCGUUACGGAUCAAUUGAAUGCGAAUAACCUAGUUCUGGAUGCAGAGCGCGAGGGACUUCAGACAGAUUUGUGGUUGUGGGGCGAUGGGUAAAUGGUAUUCCGACACCUGGUUCUUCCUCCCUAUUCUCCUUCUCCUAACUUCAGUUAUGACUCUCCCAGCUUCAGCGAGCUCUUUGAGAUGAGCGACACAAUAUAUCAUUUUACUAACCCGAU